CAUUUCAACCAACAUCCAGGGACAUUUUCGGAACGCCGCCUCCUUCCCUCUUUGCCCCAACCUAUUUUUAUAUACUCCCAAUUCCUCUCCUUCGUCCCCAGCUAUAUCCAAAUCCUAUCCUCUUCGUCUUAAAAUCUCGCCUCCUUUUCCGCUUCCGCUUCCUUGAUCGCGUCCGUUCCUCUUUUCUUGAGUCAAAAGGAAGGACGGAGAAGAAGAAAAAGAAAGAGGUCAGGUAUCGGAACGGCGAUUAUCGAUCGUGAAUCGGGGCAGCCGGUGACGUCGUGAUCCUCGUCCUUUUCGCCCUGAAGCCCUAUUUUCUUUGAAGAUUUUUCGAUUGAAUUGGAUCUGGGGCUGCGAUUUUUAGGUUUAGGAGCAGCGAAUUUUGGUUGGGGGUGGGAUGGGGGCGGGGGUGUCGAGCAUCAUGGGGCCGGAGGAGGAGUGUGGAGGGCACGAGACGGGGCUGGGUGACCUGCCGGAGAGCUGCCUGGCAGAGGUGUUUCUGCACCUCGACCCGCCGGAGAUCUGCGGGCUGGCGCGGCUAGGCCGGGCGUUCCGUGGGGCGGCGUCGGCGGACUUGGUGUGGGAGACGAAGCUCCCGAGGAACUACCGGUAUCUGAUGGGGCUGGUGGAGAAUGAGAAGAGCAAAACUAGGUGUCUUAGCAAGAAGGAGAUAUACGCCCGGCUUUGUCGGCCGAAUCCUUUUGAUGGGGGAACCAAGGAAUUCUGGCUGGAGAAGUGCAAGGGUGGUCUUUGCAUGUCGAUUUCUUCAAAGGCGCUGUUGAUUACAGGGAUUGAUGACCGGAGAUAUUGGAAUUACAUUCCCACAGAGGAAUCGAGAUUCCAUGCUGUUGCGUAUCUUCAGCAAAUCUGGUGGUUUGAGGUGGAUGGGGAAAUCAACUUCUGCUUCCCAGUUGGCACGUACAGCCUUUUCUUCCGGCUCCAUCUAGGCCGACCCUCCAAGCGACUUGGCCGUCGAAUAUGUAGCUCCGAGCAUGUACAUGGGUGGGAUAUAAAGCCUGUGAGGUUUCAGUUGUCAACAUCAGAAGGCCAGCAUGCUCUAUGCCAUUGUUAUUUAGACGAGCCUGGGAGUUGGAUCCUUCACCAUGUAGGAGAUUUUGUUGUAGAGAACUCCGACAUGCCGACCAAUCUCAAGUUCUCAAUGACCCAAAUUGACUGUACACAUACGAAAGGUGGUCUUUGUGUUGACUCUGUCUUGAUAUAUCCCAAGGGACUUGGGCAGGAAAAGAUUUUUACCACCCAGUAACUAUGUAGAAUGAGAUGUAGUCUGGAAAGCGAAAGAGUAAAAUGUAAAUGUUCUUUUUUUCCCUAGGCAUCUAGAAUAUAAGGCAGUGUUUUAUAAUUUUGUUAUUGAUCUUCAGUGAACAUUGAGAAUUGUUUUGUUCUUCAUGAGGUUUGCAAGGUGAAGUUUGUUUGAGAUGGAGA